CAAAAGGAAAUAACUCGUUAUGGCGAUGUGUUUGUAAACAACGUGUGUCCCCGGCAGAUCUAGAUCUAUAUAGUUAUAUACACUUACGACACUUACGUCUAGAUCUAGUAGACCUAUAAGUAGAGAUCUUCUUGUUAGAGAAAUGAUUUAUUUUGUAACUUAUUUAAGCAUCAAUUGAUUCACCGCCAGUGUAACUAAUAUUAAUUUUUUUAUAUCACAAAUGUGUUUGUGCCAUGGCAGGAAAAAUAAAAAUGUGGUAUGUAAAGCAGAUGAAGACACAUUUAAGACAUCCACAAAAAGGUCUUUUUGGAUGGUUUGUUACGCAAUAUUUAACUAAACGGAAUGGAUUCUUGGAAGAAAAUGCUGUUAGGUUGAGCAAUAUUAAGCCUGAUCAUCAUGUUUUAGAAAUUGGCUUUGGACCAGGUAUUGGUCUGGAAUCUGCUUACAAAAUAAUAAAAGAUGGCAAUGGAAAACUUUAUGGCAUCGAGUCGUCAUUUUAUAUGGUGGAAACAGCCAGUAAAAGACUUCAUAAAGCUUUAACAGACAAAAAGUUAAUGUUGUUUCACGGAUGUGCCAGCAGUAUUCCCCUCAACACCGAUUCUGUGCAUCGGGUCUUUCACUGCAACAGUUACUACUUUUGGCCUAGCAUGAGGCCAGUGUUACGAGAGAUUUAUCGUGUGAUGAAGCCAGGUGGUGUCAUGGUCACAACCUUGUGCAUCGACAAUUUGAAAAAAUCCCAGAAAAAUGGCUUCCUCAAUAAAGGGAUUGCAGACCCAGUAAAGUACAUGGUGUGCCUUGAAAAUUUUGGUUUUGAAAAUGUCCAUAUUGAAUAUCAAAAAGAUCCCAUUACAGGUAAAGAAUUUCAAGCAAUAUUCUCGGAAGUCAUUGAGAAACCAGCCCAUGACAAAUCCAUGUUCAGUGAUGAUGAGGAUGAUGAAAUCGAGAAAGAAGUUGAGCGAUUAUUCCAUACCGGUAAUAAAAACAUUUCGGAGACAUAGCUUUGGAAAUGUGUAGACUUACCUACCUGGCUCUACUUAUUGUUAGAGAUUGGAUGCUGCUGUGUAUAUAUAUAUGCAAGUUGUAAUACAACCUGGAAUGUUUUUAACUUAUGGUGGUAUGUAAAUAUCUUUUAAUCUGCAAUGAGUUUUAUCAUUUGGAUGAUAAGUAACAUUUGCUGUAACUGUCCAACAUGUAAAACAUAAUUCUGUAAAUAAAUUUAUGUUGUGCACUUUAUUGAUAAACAUUGGUAAUAAAAGAUUUCUUGUGCAAUGAAA